AUGUCUGGACAAAAAGUCUCACGGAGCAAACUGUGGAGUGGUAAUAGUGACGACGACGCAGAUAGUGACGAUGCCAGCAUAAUUUCCCAGGAAGCACCGGCUUAUGUCCCGGACUUUGUCUUCACUGAGGUUGAUGUAGCUGAUAAUGAUGAUGAUGAAGAUGCUGAUGGUGAGGAAGACAAGCCUAACUCUGAUUCAGAAGAAAAAGAUGCUGACGAGGAAGCUUUUGCCUUUAAUCUUUUUAGCGGUACUACUUCCAAGGAUAAUGCCGUUGUGGUCAUUUCAAAAAAAGAAGAAGCAACAGGUGUUGCCAAUGAUGAGUCUUAUGAAGUCCCACUUGCCAACCGCCAGCGACCUGACUCGUACUACUUUGCUUCUAAACCAACAGAGUCCGAAUGCAGUGCCCUGAAGGCUGCUGCAGUAACUUUUGACCAAGUCCGUUCUAUUGCUGCUUUGUGCACAGCAGCACAACGACCCCCUAAAAACCCUCGCAAGAUCCUCGAUUAUACUGCGCUGGCGCUUGAGGCUCGCGCUGAACGUUUGCGUGAACGUAAACGGCGUCGUCCAGGUAAAAAGACUCGUGAACGUACUAAAAAACGUGCAGAAGAAAUCAAAAAACAACGCCAAAUGUACAACCGACAGCGUCGUCAAUUCAAAUCUUUUAGAGGUUGA